CUACCGUCGAGAUUCAUUCGACGUCUUGUACCUACGCUUUUCGUAUAUAUAUAUGCCCUCGCCCCAUUCCCCUCUUCUCUCACACCGAAACCAUGGCCGAGAAAGAAGGAGCCGUCGUCAAGACAGGCCACGACGCCGGCAUGAAGCUCGCGGUCUCCCUCCUCGAGGAGUUCGGGCUCCCGCUCGGCCUCCUCCCCCUCGCCGACGUCUCCGAGGUCGGCUUUGUGAAAGCUACCGGAUACAUGUGGAUCACGCAGAAGAAUAAGAUCCAGCACAGCUUCAAGAUGGUGAGCAAGCUGGUGAGCUACGACACGGAGAUCAGCGGCUACGUGGAGAAGCGGCGCAUCAAGAAGCUGAAGGGGGUGAAGGCGAAAGAGCUGAUGCUGUGGCCGCCGGUGAACGAGAUCGCCGUCGACGACCCCCCGACCGGGAAGAUGCAUUUCAAGAGCCUCGCCGGCGUCACCAAGACCUUCCCAGUCGAGGCUUUUGCUGCUGGGCAGUAGAAACUAACCUCACGUUUUAUGUAUGCAUGCAUGCAUGCACGUCAUGUGUUUGCAGUGAUUUUGUUAUUUGGAUGUUGUUGUUGUUGUUGUUUU